GACGUGACGUCAGCAGUCGGGUUGCUCCCGCCAGAGGGGCGUCAUUCCAACAGCAGCCACGCGGCGGCGCCUCGAGGCAACGACUUUGAAUCUCGCUGGGAAUAAUUCAGGAGAGUUAAGAGUCACGACCAGUAAAAAGCACUAAACCGGCGCGUACUGGAACUGAAGAGGUGAGAUGGAGAGACGACGUAUUUAAUAAAAUGGUCGAGGCCAAAGGUCACCAACCGAUUGGAUUACCGGCAGCCGGCGCGAGGAAGGCGGGCAGGCUCGCGGGCGAGGAGCGCGCGCUGCACAGCCGGUUCCUGUCCUUCAUCUACUACCAGGCGAUCCGGGACCUGCGGCCCGUGUGGAAGCUGGAGGACAUGAGGACCAUGGAGACCUUCUACUGGGACAGACAGCACCGCAGGAGGACGUACAGCCCGUCGGAGGCACUGCUGUACGCCGUGGUGCACGACCACCGCGCCUACGUCCAGUACCUGCUGGCCCACUACCUGGAGGAGGCGCUGUCGGUGCCGAGCCGCUCCGUUUGCAGCGACGCCGCCCAGGUGCCCCACUUGGCCAUGGCUGUGCGCUACGGCAGGAAGGAGAUCCUGGAGAUCCUGCUGAGGGCCGUGCGCAAGGUGCCGGUGCUACGCUCUUGUCUUCGGGGCGGGGGGCACUUUAGCCUCGAGGACGGUCGGACCCCGCUGCACCUGGCCUGCGAGCUCCUCCACCUGGACAUGAUCGCUCUGCUGCUGGGCAGCGGUGCCUCGCCGUACGUCCAGGACCGCGACGGCGUGACGCCCGUGGACCUCUUGCUGAGGAAGCUGAGGGAUGCCCACGGCAAGGCCGGCCCAGGGCUCGGCGCCGCUGCCGACAGGAGGCUCUGCCUCCACAACCUGCUGCUGUUCUCUCCGCGGAUCCGUGCCGAGACGAGGGACGCCCUGGAGGAGGAGCCCGCCGCCUGGACCGAGGUUCUGGGGCGCGACACCUUCGGCUUCCUGGUGGGCCGGACGCCGGCAUCGCUGCUUUUCAUCACUAUGCAAAGAGUCCUGGAGCUGCUGCCCGGCGAGGAGCUCCAACAGAGCCUGCAGGCCCUGUCCAUCCCCUCGUCCCUGAAGACGCUGCCCUUCCUGCACCCCGUCCUCGCCACGGACCACCGCUAGGGCUCAGCAGGCAUCAGUGGGGUUCGAACCGUGACCCUCUCAUCCUGUGUUUGUCUCCAGGAGUGCAUGUGGGAGGACUGUCCUUCCAAGCAUGGUAAAAUAAAAUGUUACCCUAACAGGUACCCUGGCAUAGGGACCUCUGUAUGCAAAUGAUACUAAUCCUGCAGCUGUCUUUAAUUCUAUUUAAACUGCUUGUCUCAGCAAGCUCUAGUAAUGUUUAAACAUAGAGAUUUUAACAAGUUUUAACAGAUUUUAUCUUGUAUAUAUUUUAUAAGCUGGAAAAAGGGCAGAUUUUGUUUAACAAUCUUCUUCCAUUAUAAACAAAAAAAAAAAAAAGGAAAAAAUGCUGCUGGACUGUUUUGCUCAUGUGUGGCACUUGGAAUCUAUGAUUUAUGCAUAUUAAAAUAAAAAGUACAGCCUU